UAUUUUUAUUGAAUUGAAUCCACACACUACUUCACUCACUCUUCAAUAAUUCUUUGAUCUAACCUCAUCCAUGUCUUCCUACAGUGAUAAAAAGAUAUAUGACGUCUUCCUAAGUUUCAGAGGGGAAGACACUCGUUCUUCUUUAACUUCACAUCUCUAUGAUGCUCUUCGACGCGCAGGAAUAACCGUUUUUAGGGACGAUGAUUCACUUCAAAGAGGAGAAAGCAUUUACACAAUAUUGCGAUCAAUUGAAGAGUCUCGAAUUGCUAUUAUCAUUUUGUCAAAAAAUUACGCAUAUUCCCGAUGGUGUCUUGAAGAGUUGGAUAAAAUAAUGGAGUGUAACAGAACCAAUGGCCAAAUUGUUUUGCCGGUGUUCUUCGACGUAGAUCCAUCGGAAGUACGUCAUCAAACCGGUGAAUUUGGAAAAGCAUUUCAAAAUCUUUUCAGUAAGAUUAAUGAGAACAGUGAGUUCCUCCUACAAUUUAACUCUGAGGUACUAUUUUCGUAUCCUCGUGAGGACAUAAAGCAGAGUGAGGAGAAACUAGUAAAGUGGAGAGAAGCGCUUCGUCAGGCGGCUUCGCUUGCUGGAUUUGUAAUCCUAAAUUCCAGGAAUGAAAGUGAGGCUAUCAAGGAUAUUGUUGAAAAUGUUGAAAAAUUGCUUGACAAGACAAUAUUGUUUAUUGCUACUAAUCCAGUGGGAGUAGAAUCUCGAGUGAACGAUAUCAUUCAACUGCUAGAUCGAGAUAUCCAAAAAUCACAUGAUGUCCUCUUACUAGGGAUGUGGGGUAUGGGAGGAGUUGGGAAAACAACCAUUGCGAAAGCUAUUUACAAUAAAUUUGGGUGCAAAUUUGAAGGUAGAAGCUUCCUUGCAAAUAUUAGGGAAGUUUGGGAGGAAAAUGCUGGACAAGCGAAGUUACAAGAACAACUUCUCUCUGAUAUCUGUAAAGAAAUGACAACUAAAGUGCCAAGCGUUGAAUACGGUAAAAUGACAUUAAAGGAUAGACUCUGCCAUAAAAGAGUACUAAUUAUACUUGAUGAUGUCAAUACAUUGGAGCAACUCAAUGCAUUGUGUGGAAGUCAUAAAUGGUUUGGUUCAGGUAGUAGAAUAAUCAUUACAACUAGAGAUAUGAAUUUGCUUAGAGGAAGUCGAGUUGACCAAUUAUACCCAAUGAAAGGAAUGGAUGAAAGUGAAUCAAUUGAGCUAUUUAGCUGGCAUGCAUUCAAGCAAGCAAGUCCUACAAAAGAUUUUGCUGAAAUUUCUAGAAAUGUAGUUGAGUAUUCUGGAGGAUUGCCACUAGCUUUGGAAGUCCUUGGGUCAUAUUUGUUUGAUAGGGAGGUAACAGAAUGGAAAAGCGUAAUCGACAAACUCAAAAGAAUUCCAAAUGAUCAAGUACAUAAGAAGUUAAAAAUUAGCUAUGAUUCCUUAAGUGAUGAUACCGUGAAAGAAAUAUUCCUUGACAUAGCUUGUUUCUUUAUCGGGAUGGACCGAAAUGAUGUUAUGCUUAUACUAAAUGGCUGUGGCCUUUUUGCAGAAAUUGGAUUAAGUAUCCUUGUUGAGCGAUGCCUUGUAAUUGUUGAUUAUAACAACAUACUUAGAAUGCAUCAUUUAUUGCGAGACAUGGGAAGAGAAAUUGUUCGUGAGAAAUCACCCGAGGAGCUUGAGGAACGUUGCAGGUUGUGGUUUCCUGAGGAUGUGCUUCAUAUAUUAUCAGAACAAACUGGAACAAAAGCUAUUAAGGGGCUGACUCUGAAGUUGCCAAGAGCUAAUGCAAAAUGUUUUAGUUCUGAAGCAUUCAAGAAGAUGACAAAACUUAGAUUGCUUCAACUUGAUGGAGAUUUUAAAUAUCUUUCGAGAAAUCUAAGAUGGCUGUCUUGGAAUGGAUUUCCUUUAAGAUAUAUACCUGCAAACUUUUAUAGAGAAAAAUUAGUUUCCAUUGAGUUAGUGAAUAGCAAUGUCAAACUUGUGUGGAAAAAGGCCCAGAUGAUGGAAAAUCUGAAAAUUCUAAAUCUUAGUCAUUCUCAUUGUUUGACGCACACCCCAGACUUUUCAUAUAUGCCUAAUCUUGAAAAGCUAGUACUCAAAGAUUGUCCAAUGCUGUCUGAGGUUUCUCCUAGUAUUGGAGAUCUCAGUGAAAUUCUUCUAAUAGAUUUUGAAGAUUGUGUAAGCCUUCGUAGCCUUCCAAGAAGCAUCUAUAAGUUGACAUCAUUGAAAACUCUUAUUCUUUCUGGGUGUUUAAAGAUUGACAAGUUGGAUGAUGGCUUGGAAGAUAUGGAAUCUUUAACCACUCUGAUUGCAAAUAACACUGCAAUAACAAGAGUGCCCUUUUCAGUAGUAAGGUCAAAAAGCAUUGGAUAUAUUUCUUUGUGCGGCUAUGAAGGGUUUGCAAGUGAUGUGUUUCCAUCUAUCAUUUGGUCUUGGAUGUCACCAACAAAUAAGCUCACAUCCCCAUUUCAUGCAUUUUCUGCCAUGUCAUCUCUUGUUUCUUUAAAUGUACCAAGUAGUAGCUCCCAUGAACUAUCAUCUUUUUCUAAUGAGCUUCCACGGCUUCAAAUUCUUUCGGUGGAGUGCAGCUCAGAACUUCAACUUUCUCAGAAUGCAGCAAUAAUUUUGGAUGCCUUACAUGCCACAAAUUAUAAGGAGUUGGAACCAACUGCAACUACAUCACAACAAGUAUCUAAUAUGACUUCUAGAUUAAUUCAAUGCUGCAAUCAAGUGCAAGUUCCAGGAUCAAAACAGUCCUUCCAGUCUAUUUUAAUUCAAAUGGGAAUGAAUUGUCAAGUCACUGAUAUUCUGAAAGAGAAAAUUUUACAGAAUAUAGAUGUCAACAGGUGUGGUGGUUGUUUGCUCCCUGAUAAUAGUUUUCCAGAUUGGAUAACUUUCAGUUGUGAAGGUUCUUCUGUAGCUUUUGAAGUUCCUCAAGUGGAAGGGCGUAACUUGAAGACAAUGAUGUGUGUCAUCUAUUCUUCUACCCCUGAUAACAUUACAUCGGAUGGCCUUAAAAAUGUGUUGGUAAAAAAUUUCACAAAGGCUACCAUUGAGAUCUAUAAAAGGGAGGCAUUAGUCUCCUCUGAAGAUGAGGAGGGACAGAGGAUAGUAUCAAGUAUAGAACCUGGUAACAAAGUGGAGGUUUUUGUUGUUUUUGAGAACAAUUUCAUUGUGAAGAAUACAGCAGUUUAUCUCGUGUACGAGGAAUCAAUUGGCAAAAAAGAGAACAAGAAGACAAAUCAGACAGGCGAAAAUCAAUUCUUAUGGUAUUUGAAAAUCGUUGUAUUAGCAAUUGUAUUCCAUUUUUUGCAGAAGCUUCUUGAUUUUCAUCAUAGUAAAGUUCUGCGAGUCCAUAGAUUUAUCAUUUUCGUUUCGCAAGCUCUACGCCGGAAGACUAAGUGUUGUACUAUUUCAUCUCAUCAUCCAUCCAUGUCUUCUUCCUACACAGACAAAAAGAAAUAUGACGUCUUCCUAAGUUUCAGAGGGGAGGACACUCGUGCUUCCUUCACUUCACAUCUCCACGCUUCUCUUCAAAAAGCAGGGAUUCAUGAUUUUAGGGAUGAUGAUUCACUUAAAAGAGGAGAAAACAUUUACACAAUAUUGCAAGCAAUUGAAGACUCUCGAAUUGCUAUUAUCAUUUUUUCAAAAAAAUACGCAGAUUCACGAUGGUGUCUUCAAGAGUUGGAGAAAAUAAUGGAAUGUAGCAAAACCAAAGGCCAAAUUGUAUUGCCGGUUUUCUACGAUGUAGAUCCAUCGGAAGUACGUCGUCAAACCGGUGAAUUUGGAAAAGGAUUUCAAAGUCUUUUGAGUAGGGUUAAGGAGGACCAUGAGUUCCUUGAAUCAAGCAUGGGGGUUUUUCCUUAUGAGGAUAUAAAGUGGACUGAAUCGCUUCGUGAGGUGGCUUCCAUUGCUGGGUUCCUAGUCCUAAAUUCCAGGAAUCAAUAUGAGGCUAUCGAAGAUAUUGUUGAAAACGUAACAGGAUUGCUUGACAAGACAAACUUGUUUGUUGCUAAUAAUCCAGUGGGAGUUGAAUCUCGAGUGAACAAUAUAAUUCAACUGCUAGACCGAGAUGUACAACAAUCACAUGAUGUCCUCCUACUAGGGAUGUGGGGUAUGGGAGGAGUUGGGAAAACAACCAUUGCAAAAGCUAUAUACAAUAAAAUUGGCCACAAAUUUGAAGGUAGAAGCUUCCUUGCAAAUAUUAGGGAAGUUUGGGAGGAAAAUGCCGGACAAGCAAAGUUACAAGAACAACUUCUCUCUGAUAUUUGUAAAGAAAUGAAAACCAAAGUACCAAGCAUUGAAUACGGUAUAAUGACAUUAAAGGAUAGACUUUGCCAUAAAAAAGUACUAAUUAUACUUGAUGAUGCUAAUACAUUGAAGCAACUCAAUGCAUUGUGUGGAAGUCAUAAAUGGUUUGGUUCGGGGAGUAGAAUAGUCAUCACAACAAGAGAUAUAAAAAUACUUCGUGGGAUUGGGGUUAAUCAAGUAUACGAAAUGCAACACAUGGAUCAAAGUGAAGCAAUUGAGCUAUUUAGCUGGCAUGCAUUCAAGCAAGCGAGUCCUACAAAAGAUUUUGCUGAAAUUUCUAUUAAUGUAGUUGAGUAUUCUAGGGGAUUGCCACUAGCUUUGGAAGUCCUUGGGUCAUACUUGUUUGAUAGGGAGGUAACAGAAUGGAAAAGUGUAAUUGAAAAACUCAAAAGAAUUCAAAAUGAUCAAGUACAAAAGAAGUUAAAAAUCAGCUAUGAUUUGUUAAGUGAUGAUACCGUGAAAGAAAUAUUCCUUGACAUAGCUUGUUUCUUUAUCGGGAUGGACCGAAAUGAUGUUACACUUAUACUAAAUGGCUGUGGCCUUUUUGCAGGCAUCGGAUUAAGUAUCCUUGUUGAGCGAUGCCUUGUAAUUGUUGACCAUAAGAACAUACUUAGAAUGCAUGAUUUGGUGCGAGACAUGGGAAGAGAAAUUAUUCGUGAGAAAUCUCCCGAGGAGCUUGAGGAGCGUUGCAGGCUGUGGUGUCAUGAGGAUGCGCUUCAUAUAUUAUCAGAACAAACUGGAACAAAAGCUAUUAAGGGGCUGGCAUUGAAGUUGCCAAGAACUAAUGCAAAAUGUUUUAGUUCUAAAGCAUUCAAGAAGAUGGAGAAACUCAGAUUGCUUCAACUUGCUGGAGUAAAACUUGAUGGAGAUUUUAAAUAUCUUUCGAAAAAUAUAAGAUGGCUGUCUUGGAAUGGAUUUUCUUUAACAUAUAUUCCUGAAAACUUUUAUAGAGAAAAUUUAGUUUCCAUCGAGUUAGAGAAUAGCAAUAUCAAACUUGUGUGGGAAGAGGACCAGAUGAUGACAAAGCUGAAAAUUCUAAAUCUUAGCCAUUCUCAUUUUCUGGAGCACACUCCAGACUUUUCAUAUUUGCCUAAUCUUGAAAAGCUAGUACUCAAAGAUUGUCCAAUGUUGUCUGAGGUUUCUCCUAGCAUUGGACAUCUCAGGGAAAUUAUUCUAAUAGAUUUGGAAGAUUGUGUAAACCUUCGUAGUCUUCCAAGAAGCAUCUAUAAGUUGAAAUCUUUGAAAACUCUCAUUCUUUCUGGAUGUUUAAUGAUUGAAAAGUUGGAAGAGGGCUUCGAAGAUAUGAAAUCUCUUGUUUAUUUAGAUGUACCAAGUAGUAGUUCCCAUGAACUAUCAUCUUUUCCUAACCACCUUCCAAGGCUUCAAAGUCUUUCGGUGGAAUGCAGCUCAGAACUUCAACUUUCUCAGAAUGCUGCAAUAAUUUUGGAUACCUUACAUGCCACAAAUUAUAAGGUGUUGGAACCAGCUGCAACUACAUCACAAGUGUCAAAUAUGACUUCUACAUUAAUUCAAUGUUGCGGUCAAGUGCACGUUUCAGGAUCAAAACAAUCCUUCCAGUCUCUUUUAAUUCAAAUGGGAAUGAAUUGCCAAGUCACUAAUAUUCUGAAAGGGAAAAUAGUACAGAUUAUGAAUAUCAAUGGGAGUGACGGUUAUUUGCUCCCCGGUCAUAGUUAUCCAGAUUGGUUAAACUUUAGUUCUGAAGGCUCUUCUGUAACUUUUCAAGUUCCUCAAGUUGAAGGGCGUAACUUGAAUACAAUGAUGUGCGUCGUCUAUACUUCUACCCCUGACAAUAUUACAUCGGAUGGCCUUAAAAAUGUGCUGGUAAAAAAUUUCACAAAGGCUACCAUUCAGCACUACAAUAGAGAGGCAUCAGUCUCCUUGGAAGAUGAGGAGGGGCAGAGGGUAGUAUCAAGCAUAGAACCUGGCAACAAAGUGGAGGUUGUUGUUGUUUUUGAGAACGAUUUCAUUGUGAAAACUACAGCAGUUUAUCUCGUAUAUGAGGAACCAAUUGGCAAAAAAAAGAACAAGAAGGAUAAAAGCCAGACGGCCGAAAAUCAAUUCUUAUGGUACUAUUUGAAAAUCUUUGUAGUAGCAAUUGUAUUACAUUUUUUGCAGAAGCUUAUCGAUUUUAUUCAUAGUAAAGUUGUGUGAUCCUAAUGAGAGGUGAAAUAUUACAAUUUGGUAUUGU